AUGGCGGCGAGGCGGAGCAUGACCCGGAGCUGCAAGAUCAAAAUCGGAACGAGUUCGGCAACUUUUUCAGCGGGGGCAUCCGGCGCACAACCCGAAACGGCAAUCCGCCCGCGGUGCAACACCCUUUAUGGACUCUGGUGCACGUCGGCACGCACGGACCCAGUCCGACGAAGUUUCAUUACUUGGAGUUACAAGAUCCGAACUCGAUCACGAAAGAAAUGUCGGAAUCCUUUUGCUUGUCGGAAAAAGAGCGGAAGUCGAACAACAACUCGCAGGGGAACGCGAGGGCGGCGAGAGCACAUUUUUUCGAGCAGUUUGACGACGAAGACGAUGACAUGGAAAUCGGCAACACGCGAGGAGGUGGAAACAACAAUACCGGUAACGCUUCAGGCGGAGCCUCAGGCACGACUGGAGGGGGUGCUGCUGCAGCGUCAACCAGCACGACCUCGGGUGCGAAUCCCACCACAUCCUCAAACCUGUUUGACGACAUCGAGGAAGUGGUUCCGAAACCAAAGAAGCAGGCUUACCGGCUCCCUGUCGGCGAGACGGUGGGUCUCUACGUACACAGCUCCGGCCCAGACCCGCGCGCGUCGGGGCGGGAGGCGGAGGAGCUACUGGGCAGGAACAGGCCCUUGUGGGUGUGGAACGGGAGGGGCGGUGGAACGCCAGACUCGAUUGUGUACAACAACCAACGGCAUCAGGUACGGUGUUUUCAUGUGAAUUCUACUUCAUGAUCAUCGCAUAAUUCAGAAGUCAUGCACCUCCUUCUUGUGCUGAGGUUAACGUUAUGCACAUGCACGAAAAGUUGUUGUAGUCCAACUCCAAGACAGUCUCCACCCUGCCCUUCUCUCUUCCAGGUAA